ACCACUGAAUGAGUGGAGUAGGGAAGGGGGACGUGUGACUUUUACAGCACCUAAGAAUAGUCAUUGGAUUAGCUUUUAAGGUGGGAUGUGGUUUCUGAAAUUUGCGAGUGGACGCUAUUUGCUUUAUUGGGAAGUUUAUUAAAAUUAUCCGAACUCUCUUUGGUUGCCAGGGUAAGCGGACGCUAAGGAGGAAUUGACCUGUCAGUUUUGGUGAACCUUGAGUGGGUGCAGCGUACCUGAAACCAUGUUUAAUGUAGGAAUCUGGUUUCUGAAGAUGUUAACACAGUAUGGGUUUCUGCCCCUUGUAGUGUUAAUUUUGUUUCCGAAAGCCAGCUGGGGACUUCGUGAGGGCGAUUGCGAAGUGUGCGUGUCCUUCUUGGGAAGGUUCUAUCAAAGCUUGAAAGAUAGCAACACGGAAUUUACACAAGCUAAUGUUGAAAAAGAAUUUAUAAAUGCAUGCAAAGAAGCCAAAGGCAAAGAGAAUCGUCUGUGUUACUAUAUAGGAGCUACAAGUGAUGCUGCUACCAAAAUAGUUAAUGAAGUUUCCAAGCCACUGAGUAAUCACAUUCCCGUAGAGAAGAUCUGUGAGAAACUCAAGAAAAAGGACAUCCAGAUCUGUGAACUGAAAUAUGAUAAGAAGAUUGAUCUGAGUACAGUUGAUCUAAAAAAGCUGAAAGUGAAGGAGCUGAAAAAAAUUCUUGAAGACUGGGGCGAAUCCUGCAAAGGGUGUGCUGAAAAAUCUGAGUACAUCAAGAAAAUCAAUGAACUUAUGCCAAAGUAUGCGCCAAACCUUUCCAGUGCACGGACAGACCUCUAACCACCUUAUGUGAUUUGCCAUUAAACAUCAGUAGAAAGUUACCAUCUACUACUUCCAGAAACUGUUUGUUCAUUGUUCUGGACUCCAAGAACUUUAUAACUUGAAAUAGAUAAAAAAGGGGAGAGCUUUCAGUAUCAAACUCUCAAAGUUCCUUAAGUGGAUCAUGCAUUGUGCUGGCCAGGACAUUUUUCAAAUUGCACUAUGUUUACUGCCUUGACACCCUUAGAGCAGUGUAACUAAUUUCAUCAGCUUUCCUUUUUGAUUGAUCUGGAACAGUUUGCUAGUAGCCUUAACAGUUCUAGACACACUUAUUCAAAUUCUGAAAUAUUUUGAGUCAUGCAGUAGUUUAAACUUCUGUUGCCAGUUGUAGUUUUACUUUGUGGGUUUCCAGCUUAAUUUGGUGUUGUGAAGAGCAGCCUUCACUACACAAAUUUUUAUCUUAAAGGUCCAUUUUAUUGUGUCUGCUUUUGUUACCUACAUAGUUUGUGUUUUACUGUGAGGUGUAUAAUUUUAGGUAUGUUUUGUUUCAAUUUUUCCAGGUGUAUGGGGAGGGGGCAAAGCUUAAGAACUUGUUUGUUACUGUUUAUAUAGUCUGAUUUGAAGCAAGAGAUGUUCUUUGUUUUCCUUGCAGUUUAACAGCUGCAUAACAGGCCACGUAACUGGGCCUUACUUUCAACUUGGGCCUAGAAAAUUCUUUUGGUAGCAGCUAGUUUAGAUAGUAACUCUCUGCUGUUUGUUAGCAUCAUUUACUAGUACCCUUUCCACAUCAGUUAGUUGUGAUUUUAACAUAGUAAGGCUUUACUUGUUACAUUUCACCCCUGACUGUUCUGCUGCUUCUCUUAGAGGCUAGUUCAAGAAGGUUACCCAUAAAUGGCCAUUAGAGGGUGACUUGGCAAUGACGAAGGUAAAAAGCAGCAAAGCCUUCUUGUUCAGAUUAUGCUUUUGUACAAGAUCUUAUCUCUUACCAUAUUUUGGCAGGUUUUUUAUAUAGUGGCUAAACCAUGCUUUGUUUUGGGCCAAAUAUUGCUGUAGUCAUCAUGAGACCCCAUCAUACCUCUCAACCUUAGUGCAAGAAAUCUGGACAAAG